UGAAAGCAUAACGCUCACAGGGAUGCAUUGUAUUUAUCCACAUAUGCAGACGGUUCUCUCGGAUAAAAACCGGGUUGUAGCUUGUUGUCUACCUUCCUACGGUUAGAUAGAGCUGCCUAUUGUUGAGCUGACUUAAUGGCAGACUUGGAUAUGCCUGCCAAAACACAUGGAGUUGGAGUCUUCUUAGAGCUGAGAAAAAGGCUUCAGACGGGACUGCUUAUUGUCGGGAAAGCUGUGGCCAGUAGUCCGGCAGAUGUGGUCGUGACAGGGGGAGAUUCCUCUCUCCACAUCCGGACUCCCCGAGGCGAGCUGAGCCUGACUCUGCCGGCAGGAGUCACCUUGGAGCAGGGAUCCUGUGUUCCGACACCUGCGGGGGAGUCCUGUGGAGAGGAGCUGCAUUUCAGGCUGCGCAUCAGCGUCACGCCAAGCGCAGAUGAAGAGGCCUCCGACAGCGUGGUGGAGACGCUCCGGGCUAAAGAGACGUAUUGCUUCCACUGCCAGGGCUGCAUGACCCGGCUGCUGGAGGACAGAGUGUUUAAGCGAGUUCUCCCUCUCCCUAAUGGCAACUGGAACGCCAUCGUGGACGACUGGUGUUGCCACCCCGAUCCGUUCGCUAACAGGAAGCUGCUGCCCCGAGCCGAGGACUGUUUACUGGGCGACACCUUCCUCCUCCUAGCCAGAGAUGGCGGCUGUGAACAGACCCUCGCUGAGGAAGUGAGCUCUGUUGGCUCAGAGGACAGUCAAGAUUCCAAGAAAACGUGCCGCCGACUGGCACUCGUCUCCUGCAAGAGCUGUUCAUUAGUGCUGGGAGAGGCCGUCGCACCAGAGAGCCUGAAACUGUACAUCACACAGGUGGUGGUGGAACCCGCUGUGGGAGACAGAAUGCCAGAGGCUUCACUUAACAGAUCCCUCUACCUGGAGCAGACGUUAGCAGCCAGGCUGUUGGGGCUGUCCACCUCAAUGAGCACCUUCCACUUCUCUGUCCAGACUCCUGAUGGAAAAGCCUUCUUAUUGCUCUGGCUGCUGAACAGCGACUCCAUCACAGCGUCGGUCCCACAGACGCGUGUCGGGGGAGACAGCUCUCUUCACAGUCCAUCAGCCAGAGUCCUGAAACUCCUCUACACCGCCCGCUCUGACACAGGCAUCCAACACAGAGACAUUGUAUCUAGUUGGGAGGCCAAUGCCAUAGGACAUCCCGUGGUGCUGCCACUGAAGGUGUGCGAGGAGCUGCUGCAAGUGAUAGAUGACAGCAACUCUGCACUUCCUGCCUCUAUGCGUAGCAUGAGGUACUAUGAGGUGGCGUACCUGAGACUUUGAGGCCAAAAGGUCCAGUGACAGCAGGUCAAUGCUCUACUCGUCAAAUUUGGAUAAGGACCUGGGACUUGUUUUUUUAAGAUAAUGUUUUGGGCAUUUUGGCCUUUAAUUGAUAGGACAGUUGUAGACAGGGAGGGGAGAGAGAGAAAAAAAAAAAAAGACAUGCAGCAAAGGGCUGCAGGUCAGAAUCGAACCUUGGGCCGCUGCGUUAAGGACUGAGCCGUGGUACAUGGGGCACAUGCUCUACGAGGUGAGCUACCAGGGCGCCCCGAGAGGAAUCUUUUGUUAAUGUACUGUAUGUUUGUAUAUGUCACGGUGACAUCCUGCCCAGCUUUUCAGUAAGUAUGAGAAUAGAGAUUACUGCAGAAGGAAAUACAGCGAGCAUGGAAUGGAAUGGCUCGUUUAGUCAAGUCAAGUUGUGGUUUCUGGUUGCUUCUGUCAACAUGUUUGGUAGUGUGUGAUCACCUGCUCAAACAGAUUCAUGUUGAAACAGGUUGGAGCCAGACUUCUAAAUGUUAAUACAUAUCCAGUAAAUGCAAAAGAGGAGGAGAAUGACAUCAACUUUAUAGAUAGAUAGUAGGGGUGGUACGGUUCAUGAAAAAACACCCGAACCGCUCGGUUCGCUAGUCUCGGUUCGGAGCAUGUGUGUACCGCACGGUUCG